UCUGUUGCCUCCACCGCCGCCGUCCUCCUUGGCCUGGCUAGCGCCCAUAUGGAGAUGACCUGGCCACCCCCUUUCCGCUCCCGCCACAACCCGUUCACCACCGACAUCGACUAUAGCAUGACCAAUCCCCUUAGUUCGUCCGGCUCCGACUUUCCCUGCAAGGGCUACCACAGACUUCUCGAUACAGCUCAGGGCGGAUCUGUCGUCGAAUGGGAGGCCGGCCAGUCGUACGGCCUCACCCUCGGUGGUUCGGCUACCCAUAACGGCGGGAGCUGCCAAGCCUCUCUAUCCUACGAUAGGGGACAGACCUGGACCGUCAUCCACUCGUAUAUCGGCAACUGCCCCCUAAAGCCUACCUGGGAGUUCAGCCUGCCUCACGACACGCCAUCGGGAAGCGCCCUCUUUGCCUGGUCUUGGUUCAACAAUAUCGGCAACCGCGAAAUGUACAUGAACUGCGCCCACGUCACCAUCUCCGGCUACGAAUCUGCUGCUGAGAUUCAGGAGCGUGCUCGGCCUCCCGGAGCCCCUUUCUACGGCCGCCCCGCACUGUUUGUUGCCAACGUCGGAAACGGGUGCAGCACCCUCGAGGGCGCCGAUGUUGAGUUCCCCCAGCCUGGGCCGGAUGUUGACUACGCUACCAGCAGGUCUGCUCCCCCCCAGGGCUCCUGUGGUGCCUUUUCUGCGCUUAAGAAGCGAUCUGCCAAGGUUUUCCGUGCCUGAGUGGCCUGCCUGGCAAGCCUCAGGCCGAGAACGCAAGAAACAUGAGGGGUUGGGCUUGCGGAAGAGUCGGACGGUAGAGCGGACGGCAUUUCUUGACAAUAUGUGGGAG